AAACUCGAAUCUCUCAAUUUAGCAAACCGCCGACUUCAAGUCAACCUUUCAGCCAGUAGAGGAAGUCGCUACUAACUAAAUUCUAAAAGAACUCUGACCGAUUGAAACUCUGCUCCUGAUCUCGUGGGUCUCCUCGUCAUCUCUCAAAGGAAAAAUGAAGUUGGGGGAAUACAGGACAAAGCAUAGGGAAUGUAGGAUAGGAUGGUGCUGGUGGGUGAGUAUGUUUUCAAUUAUAGUAGGCAUCCCCAGCGCCACCAUAUUAGGAUUUUAUUUGGGCCUAAAAUACGAUCAAGAAGAUUUAGCAAUAGGGAGCGCACUAUACAUAGAGCAACAAGAAUGUGAAAAGGAUUUAACCACGUUUAGAACAUUCACAAAGAGAUGGGGCAUACAGGUACAAUGUGACACAGCCAAUGACACGGGGUGUCCAGGUUUCCCCACUGUUAAACUAAAAAACGCCACUACUUACACUGAGUGGGACACAAGCCUAGAUGAAAAUGUCACCCAGGUAAUACUAUGGAAAUCUAUCGAGGGUACCAUAUUGUCAGGCUGGAUAGUUAACCUAACCCCAGGACCAGUAUUAGUAAAUCAGACGUGUUUAAACGGAAUUUACACCCAGUCCUAUAAAGGAGGGCGAUGGGAAGGCAGCCUAAACAAUGGAACAAAUGUCACAGAGAUCAAGUUCAUCUAUGAACAAAGCACAGAUAGUGAGCCUUGGGAGGACGUGGUUUGUCACAACCCCAGUGUUGUUUUAAACACCACGACCUGGCCUACCACAGUAAGUAGCAACCGCACUCUGCUAACUUCCGCCACAACAAGCAACCCAGUAAACAGACCUACAGCUCUCCAACCCUGUAGAGAAACGGGCACCGCCAGUGUGUCAGCCACAGAAAUAGCUGGGGACCCGUCACCACAACAAUUAAUCAACAGUGCAGCGGUAACUAAGCCAGUCAUAAAACUACAACCACCCCAGAUAGAACCUAGGCCAAGCAUGGAUAAGGCCUCCGAAAGGUUAUGCAUAAAACAGAAAAAUGGCCCUAAACUUAGAAUACGCCGCCAGGUUAAAAGGGGACCAAGUAAGGAAGUGGUAUACCUUAAAGAUUUAGUGUUAUAUCUUCACCCAGGCAAUAAAUCAUCAUGGGAUGAUAGAGUGCUAGGAGGGAAAAAUGGUAUCAUCCUCCCGUAUACAGAACGAAGAACAUACAUGUAUCCAGGUUACAAGUCAGGGCCCCUAGAUAGGUUCUUUAUGCUUGAGUAUGGACAAGUAAACAAUAAGAUACCAAUGGCCCAAACCCAGGAAAACAAACCCAUGUAUUAUACGAAGACAGGUUGGACCUGUUUUACCACCCACAACAGAAGCAACCCAGGCCGGGUGGGACCCCGCCAGACACCAUGGGUGACGCUAAAUAUAACCGGCCUAAAAGGAAUAUAUAAACAAAGCCUAGCCAUGGCACAAGGUUUAUGUGGAAAAAAGCCCCAAUGGAACUGGGGACAAGAAUUGAAUAACCCCUACCACCGCAAAGGGGUCUGGAGUAAUACAUUUAUCUAUGCCAAAUUUGUCAAACCGCCUGCCAACCAAACCGAAGCAUGGGCAAGGUACCACUGCAUCUCAGCGCAUGGACAGCUUCAUGAGAGAUAUAGUACCCCCUUUUACCACAAAUGGUCUGGAGGUCAUUACCCCUCCCCAGGUAUGGUAGGGGUAAGCCCUCGCUUUGCGGCAGCCAACCUAAAUGCCCCUAGGCCAAGUACAUCUGGUAGCAGUGGAUAUUGUCCUCAAAGAAGGUUAGCGGUAGGAUCCGUGAGCAAUCCAAGACGAAUAGAUCCUGAGUAUUUUAUGGAACCCGUGAACUUCCACGGCUAUAGUUUCCCUGCCAUAGGACAGGUAAAUGACGAUACUUUUGUAUGGAUGCAUGGCCUAACCAUGCAAAAAUGGAACACCACGGGCACAGUAAUGGCAAGGGCAAAGAUAAAACUACAAGAAGCCCUAGUGUCUGCCUACACAACCACACUUAAACCCAGCAGUACAGUUGUAACGGCUCUGUACGACCCGGACAGUCUGGGAUGGCAUAAGAGGCCUUUAGACCCCACUCCCUCCACAGGAGGGUACGUACAGCUAGCCUGUUACGGAGGUUUGAAAUUCCAUGUCAACCAAGGCGACAUACCCGGUACUAGGGAUCAAUCGUUGAGAACCAAUGCGGCAUUAGCUAGGCAUUCCAGAUUCAUGAUGGAGACAAGCAGUAGGAAAUGGUUUAUGAAGGCCUACCAAAACUGGGCCACAAAGUUAAUGUGGUCCGUGGCAGACGCCCAGUGGGCUGAUAAAUGGAGUAUUAGCUCCGAUUGGAAUAACAACCUAACUAUGGUGUGGAAUAAGUCUAGCUGCGGGGAACAAGAACGUAAAAAUAAUGUCUCUCAAGGAUGUCAGAUAAUAAUAAAUAGUGUUUCUCUUUUAAGGAGUGGAGGUCAGGACAACUUUUGUAAUAUCCUAGGAGAAAACUUCUGGACAGAAGGUGUAAAUGGGAUACAAUGGUAUUUGGAUGAAGAAAAAACUCCAGGGGCCUAUGGGAACUGGAUAGCGAAAGCCUGGGGAGGUUUCACUACUGGAUUGGCAAAAGCAGCUAAAGAUAUAAUUGAAAAACCAUUCAACCAAGUUAAACAAGCAAUAGGUGAGGCAUGGUCUGGGGUAGUAACCUGGUGGGGUCAGGUGAAAGCCAAGAUCAUGUUAGGUUUAUACAUCGGUAUGGGUGUAAUAAUGGUCAUAGUAAUAAUGACAGCGUUAGGGUACGCGAAAAAAAUGGGCAUACCUAUAGACAAGGUGUUAAAGAGAUUCUGGAAAGGGCUGUUUAAACUAAUGGUCAAAAUAAUUAAACUGGCCCUAAAAAUCAUCUGGUCAACAUUCAAGGGGAUCAGAUGGUUGAUAAAGGGACUAAUCAUCUGGAGUAUGGUAUAUGAAAGAGUGCACCCUCUCAGAGAACAGGAACCCGCAGUUCCUGUUGAUCAAGACGUACUGCUCAUGACCCCAAGAGUAACGGAUGUGACUCAAGUUUAAGGGGUAGGGAGGCGAAUAAAUAAGAGAGACCCAGCCGCUCAGAUCACAGACACUCUCUUGCUCAGAGACACAGAGGCAUCCUGCUCUUCACACCUCGCAACUCGACAACCAGACUAAUUUCAGGCCACGAUACUUAGAAGAUAUCUCCUACCAUGACUUCCAACGAAACUGACCAUGACAACUCAACUGAGGCAUACAGUCCCUUCUCGGACCAGGUAUGGGAAAACAUCUGCUGUCAAAUAUUAGUUCUCGUGAUUUUUUGGAAAAUAGCAUGGGAAAAUAGGCAUAAUAAAGGUCUAGUAACUUGGGUUACUCUGUUUGUUAAUUCAUUAGUGGCCUCUGCUAGGCUAGGGUUAACGAUGGGACAAAGAAUAAUGUUGUCCGUUGUACCAAUAAUACUAAUACAGAGAAUGUACACAAUAUUAGGAAAAUAUUAUUUGGUCUGUCUGUGUUUAGAAGCUUUGGCCGCAGCUAUGACUGUAGUAAGUAAACUAGGUGCAAUAGAGAAGAACGGAACAGACGGUCAAAUGGAACCUAUGUGUGCUACCAUAAUUGGAAUACACUAUGUGGCACGAGUCAUUGAAGUAGGCCUAGUUGGCGUGCUAUGUGUGCAAAUAGUCAAAUUAAUGAGAAAACUGAAACCAAAAGAUCAGCUGAACACAGUCUUAAAGGCCGCCCCACUGGUCCUCUGGGUGACCGUGCUAUUGGUCCUAAGUUGUGGAGAAGAAAUGGGGUGGCCCACCAACGUUUUGAAAGUAGUCUGGGGAUUGUGUUUACCCAUCUUUUUUCCCCCUACUUCCAGCAGGGCCAGGAGGAAUACGCCGAACCCUGGAAUGGGGUAAGGAUGGCCAAAAUCAUAGUGCCCCCCCCAGUGGUAGAAACCAUAGGGGAAACAGGGGUAUUAAUGGAGGUAGAGGAAAGUAGGAUAUGGUUCAUAGACAUAUGGUUAAGACAGCUAGACGCCCUUAAGGCAUAUACAAAUUGUGGGGGUUGUGGCCAAUUGGAACCAUUGCCACUAGGGAUAGACUCUACCAACGGGGUGGUGUUAGGCGGAACCACCUUCAUAUGUGCACCUUGUUACCAAGGGGGUGCAGCAUACCGCAUUAGGCGUAACCAUGACCCCAUUGGUACUUAUGCAGGCCCAGUGACCUCGUGGGGAGCCACGGGGCCAGUAACAGAGGAAGGGGACAGAUGGAUCAGGAAGUUGAGUCCCAACGGACCCAACCUGAAUCUCUGGAAAAGCGAAUCAUGGCCCAGAAAGGCAUGGAGAAAGCCGGGAUACCGAACUUUGACCCUUAACCACCGGAGGGUGGCUGGGGACAUAGGAAAUGGUACGCUGACAGGGCAGUGGGACGAGGCUCUGGUAGUCAAGGACAUGGAAGCCCAUUGGUCUCAGGAAGACCUCACCAUGCUAAAACAUAGCCCUUGGCUCAUGUACGGGAGGGCUAGAUCACUACUGAGUUGCCAAAUCUUCCCCCCAAAAUGGGGAAGACUCAGCUGUGAUCAGUGGAACCUAAACAAUUAUGUGGCCGUAAAGGACCUCUGGUUCCCUAGCACAGACGAUAAAAUAGCCAUUAGGAAGGCUCGGAGAGAGCCAAUGUCCAAAGUAAUUGGGUGUACUGAGAUAGGGGAAAGUGAAACUCUGGCUGACUUCAGUAGGAAGCACAGAAGAGGAACUCAAAGAGGCCUUAGGAGGCAAAAUGGGUUCAGGCUUAGGGAGCCAGGGAGUCAUAGACUUCCCUACGGGCACACUUGUAUUACCUCAGUGGCCCCCAGACCCCAGCAAAAAGGGCCUGUAAGGAAUGUCCCAGACACAGAGCUAGAGCUCAGAUAUAGAGAGAACCUCGCAGUUUUAGGACAUAGAUUGGCCGACUUGACCGUGGCCGCAGAAAGAGCUGUAGGAGCUCUGACCCAGAAUAACCCCAAAGGGAACGAUGGGCCUCAAAGUCGCAGGGACAAAAAAGAGGACUAGGAAGGGGCAAGGUAGACAAUAGGAGAAUAACCUUUCUUUCUCCAGGGCCCCAUGGAAGACACCCAGUCCGGGGAAGAAGAUUGGGAAGAAGAAGAAGUUAAUAGGCCAAUAGGGCACAGAGUAAUAACCAGAUGGCAAGAAUUAGAACGUAAGGGUAUGACUGAGUCCCAGACACUAGGGAUUAUCCUGUAGGGUGGAUAGCACCAGUAGUAAUAAUUCCUCACCCUGCCGCUCUUAAAACAUGUGGCUCAUGCGAUAGAAGUACUGAAGGGGUACUCAGCGGGAGAUCAAUGUUAAGAGGACGGAUGUUAGACAACGUAUGUAUGUUAUGUCUAGCCCGCAGAGAUAAGUGGCCAACCCUAAAACCCAUAGUAAACAAGGGAGAUAGAUGGGGACAUGUAGAAGAGCCAGAAGAGUUAAAUUUAACAAUGGUUUACAAGGGACAAGAAGUAGACUGGGAUACGAGAAUUGGCACUGUUGAAUUACAUGGGAUGGCUUACGAGACCUAUUCAACAGGUUGGAGAACAAGGACAACAGAGACGGGUUCAAAGAUGCACAGGCUGUGAAUCAGGAAUCAGAGGAAAGUACACCUCCCAGUGGGGCAAUAAGGAUGGUGUUAGAGUGGCGCUUUGCAAGAGAUGCUUAUGUUUUAAGAGUUGUGAUAGAAAAAGGCAGGAGUGGUAUAGCGAGGACGAACAUGAGGUUUGGCCUAUGGAGAGAGAAUAUGCUGAUAUAUUUGAAAAUGGUAGAAUAGCUUCUAGAUGUAGACAUACCGAUGGUGUAUAUUUGAGAAUGAGGGUCAGAGCUGACCCUGAAGGAACCAUGCCGGGUCAUAGUAGCUGGGCAACAGUAUGGGGAAUAACGGCUAGGUCAGACGGACUAGUGCUAGGAAUAACCAGAGUUGAUAAUCAGAGUCCGGUUAGGGGCACUAAGAGAAGAGAGACAGGGGUAGAUCCUGGAGAGGGUGUAGUAAAACGCCAAAUGGAUCUACCUCCUGGUCCUCUUCCCCUGUCUUACCCACCAAGGGUAGAGACAGAGAUGACCUCGCCUACUGAAAUACCGGAUUGGGCAAAGCCACCAGAAGACGACUCAAGCCAACCAACUACUGAACCUGACUGGUGUCAGGAAGAAUCACCCGCUGCCUCAAGUGACACCUCUGAAUGGGAACAGCUGAUAGACUCAUUGCUGAUAGAGUAAUGGGCACUGUCAUAACCAGAGGCCCAUAUAUGCACUGUAAGAAAAGUGUUUCCUCAUUGUUGCUAGAGUAAUGGGCACUGUCAUAACCAGAGGCCCAUAUAUGCACUGUAAGAAAAGUGUUUCCUCAUUGUUGCUAGAGUAAUGGGCACUGUCAUAACCAGAGGCCCAUAUAUGCACUGUAAGAAAAGUGUUUCCUGUUGUAAGAUAUGUCAUCACCCUCUCUGCUCUGGGGGAAUGGGAGGAGCAGCAGAUCGGGUGCAGAGAAUCAAAAGGUAUAUAAAGAGACAUUUGCCAUUACUUUGGCGCUGACUUCUUGAAUUCUGAAUUCAUUUAGACAACCAUUUGACUUCGGGUAAUUGCCACCUGACUCAAAUUACUUAAAGAUUCUAACUUGCUGGAUCUGAGAAGGGUCUCUCCGUUAUACUGUUUAGCUAUUGAACAGCUGUUCUCUCGCCUGUGGCCUUGGUGCUUGUAUACUGAUGCGAUUACACCCAGGGCCAGUCUUCGGAUCUGCAACUCUCGGUUGAGCUCAGUACCUGGCCCUAGUUACAUGGCACGAACACUGCAGUAGUUCAACGGCUCUGAGAGUCUCUCUAGUCCUUAAGUUGAUCUCCUGUUAAUACCUACGGUUAUCUGAAUUGACCCUGUCGCCUG